GGUGGAACAGGACAUGUGGUAGUGUUGACAGUCGCGUGAGAGAGAGUGUGGCGUGCGGAGAUGUAGUGGACAAUACAGUAUUUAUCUACCAGUGAUAAACAGUGACUUUUGAAAUGAUGUUUCUAUUGAGUGAAACUUAAGGUUGUGAUAGUACAGAAUUAAAUACUAACUGUUGCUGCUCUAAUAUUUGUGAAAUAGGGAAGAUUAGUGAAGCGCUGUACAUAACAUUAUUGGAGCAAGAAGUCGCCACCAUGAGCAAGUUAUUUCCCUUGUUCAAGAGGAAGGGGAAAGGUAAGGAGGAAGAGGUGGAGGAGGAAUCACGCAAGAGACAUGGUAAGCCAAGGAAACACUCCAAGGAAGAUCACCACAGUCCAUCCCCUGCAAGUACUCCUCCCCCCACCAAACCUCAAAAGAAAAGAAAAGCAAAAGAGGUCAAGCGGAGAGCCCCAUUGCCAGGUGGUAAAGACAUAAAUUCCAAGACAGACGGGCCAGAGAGACCAUUUCAGGGAGACUUCCACGUGGAUGAUAAUGGCCAAGUCCAACCAGGUCCUCCUCUGGAUAUCACAGCCAUUGAGGAUGAUCAUCUUACCAUCAGUAAAGAUGAAUCACUACAACCGGAAGAUAAACCUAAAGACUCGACCAUCGCAAAAGAUCAUUUACAUGCUGAAGGUAAAGAAACCUUAGAUGUUGUUGCUGAUGAAGAUGAUGAUGUAUCGUGUGAAAGUUAUCCUGCAGAGGUAAACAUAUUGCAAGGUCCCAGUGAUGGCCAGUUGGACCACGGUGAAGAAGAAUUAAGCUCAGUAGUGCAAGUUACCCACGAGGAACGUGUACUAAAUGGGUACGAGGGUCAAGCUGAAGAUGUUAUUGAGGACGGACCAGCUGCCAGCAUUGACACAGAAAUUGACCAAGAAGUCAGGUUAAGUGAGCCUGAUAAACAUCUUUUCAGUGAUUCUCCCACAGCUGAAGAUGUUACAGGUAAUGUGUGUGAUAUAUACAGGAUUCCUCCACCAGAAGUGAAAGUUUCUGCCAAGGAAGAAACAGAAACAGUAGUGGAAGCUGAAGUAAAGGUGGUUGAUAAUGAAAAUACUGGAAAUAAUGAAUUGGAUGAAUAUUCAAAAAUAAUUAUUGAAAAACAAACCGAUGAAUCAAGUGAAAAUAUUGACAAGCUUAUGACAAAUGACAAGGAAGCCAUAUCAGAAGACAUUGUUGCAGAGAGAGAGGUUGAUUCUGACCACGUUUCCUUGGUAGAAGAAGGAGACAAGAGUGUACAUGGAUUGAAAGAUGACAGAGAGGAAGUUAUGAUGGGUAAAAGUGAUGGUUCAGUUGACGAAGACAGCCCACACAUCAGCCUGGACAGUGACGAUGACUUUGAUUCUGCCCAGGAGGACUGGGAGGAAAACUAUGAUGCUGAUGUAACAGGUAGAAAUAAGGCAGCAGAGGAAGUUGAAACUAUGAACCGAAUGACACAGGAGAGUGCAGAUGGAAGUGGAUUGUCAGAGCAUUUGGAAGAGUCGCAAGACAAUGAUGGAGAUGUAAACGAGGCAACAAACUGUGUACUUAUCAACAAAAAGCGUGAAGACUCUGAGGUGUCAAUUCUCCUCAGAGAACCCAGCAGCUCUUCCUCUGUCUACCAGGAUGCUUCUUUCUCCUUUGAAGAUAAUGAUAUCACUGAUAUAUCAUCCAUUGUUGAUGCUGUAAAUGAAGAAUGUAUAAAUGAUUCAAGCAAGGAAGACAGGAAGAAAAAAGAUAUUCAGCCUAAACUCACACGAAAAAUUUCUAAUAUUUCUGUGUCAAGCGACAUCUUCAAUGAAGAACUAGAUGAACUACUGGAUGAAGAACUGGACAGAUUAUCAGAAGAGGAGGUUGAGGGUCUAAAUCAAGGAGUAUCUCCUGCAGAAGGUGUAGCGGGAGUAGAUUCAGUGGAUAAUACUUUGUUAGGUGAAGAAUCUAGAGUGGAGUACUCCAGUACAGUAAAAACUCCUGAACAGGAGAAAGAGACUGUUGCACCCACUGAUAUAAGUAUCAAAAUAUCAGAUCAAAAUGGAAAUGUAGAGGAAGCACAUGAAGGUGGCCCAGAUAUUCUGCAAAGCCAGGCGACAGAAGAUGCUGUGAGCAAUAGUCUGGGAGAUUCAAAUAGCUUUACAACAAUAUCUGAAGAAGGUUGGAGUUCAGGCAAAAAAAUUGGCUCAGAAGAAGGGGCAAAGUUGUCAACAUUGGCAGCUCCUGAAGAGGGUUUGGAUCAGGCCAAGGACAGCGGGUAUUAUAGCCUGCCGGUGUCACCCAAGCCAGGUGUGUCUGUGAGGGAGAGUGAGCCCCCAGAGGUGGUGAAACACAUGGCUGAUGAUCCCUUUGGAGACAGUGAGGAUGAGGAGGGAAUGGUGACUCCCCCCAGUGAGUUGGCACCUUCCUUGGAUACAACAGAGAAGCUUACGGAGAAAACUACAGAAAUAAAUGAGUCUGUGUUGGGUGCUUCUGUAACAAAUGAAUCUAUUCCUGUAUUGGACACUUCUGUGACAAAUGAUUCUGUGUCUGUUUUGGACACUUCUGUGACAAAUGAAUCGGUGUUGGACACUUCUGUGACAAAUGAAUCGGUGUUGGACACUUCUGUGACAAAUGAAUCGGUGUUGGACACUUCUGUGACAAAUGAAUCGGUGUUGGACACUUCUGUGACAAAUGAAUCUAUGCUUUACCAGACUUGUUGUGAAAGUCAGGGAGCUGAAGAGAUAGAAAAUAUAGAUAAACAGAGAGAAGUUGUACACUUGGGAGAAGAAAGUUGUACAGAAUCUCAAAAGGAUAACAAACCCAAGAGUCCAAAACUCUUUAUUCCUAUGGACACAGUGGGAGAAUCAAAAGAGGGAGCCACCUCACCAAGAGAUGGCUCUACUCCAGUUAGGCCCCCGAGGCAUAAGUACCCCAUAUUGGAGUGUGAAAACUUACAACAGAGCGAUGAGACCCUGAAGAGCCCAGACCCUGUGGGAGACAGGUUCCUAAAAGAGGCUGUCUUUACAUCCCACGAGGAAGCUGAGGCGCGUUUAGCCCAGCGACGAGCUGCACGAGCAGAGGCCAGAGAGCUGAGACUACGAGAGCUGGAAAAGCAGCAGCAGGACCAGGAAAAUGAUGAGGAGAAGCAGUUCACCACUCCGUCCUAUGCAGGUGCUGAAAGUGGGGGUGAAGACGAGGAUGAGGAGGAGGAGGAAGAGCCAACGCCAAGAGCAGCUGGCAGUGGGAGGACUUCUGGCCGGACAGCGGGGCUCAAUAGCACAGGCCAGUUUUCCAGAAGGUCAUCUGAAGACUCGACCACCGAUGAGUCCCUACCAGCUAAUGUUAGAGAGAUGAGAGCGGAAUUGAAAGAACUGGACGAGAAGUUCCGGAAGGCCAUGAUCACUAAUGCACAGCUCGAUAAUGAAAAAGCAACACUAACUUUUGAAGUAGAACUUAUGAAGGACAGAUAUACUGAGCUGGAAGAAACACAUACACAGUUAACGAAAGAGCACCGUAAGAAAUGUACUGAAUUUGAACAACUUAGGAAAGUAUCCACAAAGUUGCAAGAAGAGGUGAAAGUUCUUCGUGGUUUGUUGCAAGAGCGGGAUCAGCUGAUACAAGAAUAUGGCCUUGUUGUGGUUGGUGAAGAGGAGAAUGGUGAGGAAGGUGAAACUGGAAAGGAGGAGGAUGAUAUGGAUGAUUUAUCACCUAGGAAAAUUGCUGUUAAGAAAGCAUUAAUUUCUCAAGAAGCUGCAGAGUUAUUGGAGAAGGGCGCUGCUAAAGGUUCACUAGACAUAAGGUUAAAGAAGUUUGGCGAGGAGAAAAACGAUUUAGAAGACCAAGUUAGAAGAUUGAAACUAGAACUUGAAGAAGAACGAAACAAAAACAGAAGAAAAGAGAACGGUCUAGACUAUGAGAAACAAAAGGAGCAAAGCAAAACUGUAAACGAAUAUAAGUUUAGAGUUCAGAAGGCAGAGGCAGAAGUGUCGACAUUGCAGGCUAAUGUGGCGAGGCUGGAUGCUCUCUCAACACGUUAUAGGACCCAGUCAGAAGAACUUGAAAAGAGUGAAGAAGAACUUAAGGGUGAGAGACGGAAACUGCAAAGAGAGUUACGAGAAGCCCAAAGUAGAUUAGAAGAACUGGAAACCACCAAUAAUCAUCUAAUAAAAAGAUUUGACAAGUUAAAAAAUGCAAGAUCUACUUUGCUUAAGGAUUUAUCACAAGAACCAGCGUGAGGUGCCAUCUAAGGUUGCGGUUUUCUCCUCUGGAAUGUUUCUCGCUGCCAAUCUUCAACUUGUAAGCCACAGUGUUUGGUCAGGGAGUUGACGUAACGGGUCCAUUAUGUAGAAUCUUUUCUAUGUGAUACAGGAAGUGUGUGAAAGUGUAAUGGCUAAUUGUUAUGAGCAGGAACUCAAGCAUUAUGAAAUACACUUUAUGGUAACACAAAAAUAGGUGGAGUUUGUCAUAUUUUUUGACAACUUUCGAACUUUGCCAUUGACGUUAAUGAGUGUUAAGCUUCACCAUUGAUGUUGAUGAGUAUUAGAACCUGCCAUUGACAUUGCUGGGUGUUAAACUUUGCCAUUGACAUCUAUGGCAGGGGAGAGUACGUAAAGGGCAUCGCUUGUAACGUAGCGACUCCCUACAUUGAAUCAUGGCAUUAUUACAAGUUGAAGGCUUGCUGAACAUCCCACAGUUACUACUUAACCACCUCGUUCACUGUGAUGGUUUUAUUAUUGAAUAAUUGUCUCUAGGCCAUUUAGCAAAUGAAUGCCUUGGUGCCUCUAGCCCUUACAGCCAUUGAAGUUAUCAUGACUCAGGUGAUGCAGCUGCCCUGUUGAAAAUCUCCUCUCGCAGAGACAGAUCAACAAACACUGUUUUACCAAGUUAACAGAUUUUUUGUAUAAAUGUUUCUUGGUAAAACUGUUCUUGUUUAAGCCAUACAAGUUAGAGCUUUAUUGCUAGCUAAGCGAGCCAAAGCUGCUUAUGCAGAGUGAGCUGUUGAGCCUUAUCCAUCAACGUGGGGCACGCAUCACGAUGGACUGCCUCGGUUUAAGUGUGAUAGGAUCAUCAGGCUGAUGAUUUCUCUGGUAACUGUCAUUCACGAUGGCUAUUUUGGGUUUUACCCUAUCCUCUCUUGAGACCUCAUAACCAUCUCUUAAGAACAAUUCAUAUCUUCCAAGUUCUUCUUCUUCAUAUACAGUACUGUAUCUUAUUUUUAGACUCGCCUUGUUUCUUUUUCCUAAGACAGCUUUAGGGAUGUUUUUUCGAAUAGAAUUUUAGGUGUGCUAAUUUAUGAUUUAAUAUUUUACAAUGUAUUUGGAUGCGUCCUUAUAACCAGUUUUCGUACAUAACGGUUACGUCUUCAGUUACCCAAUUUAGGAAAGCGAAAUAUUUCUUAACCCAAAGGUAUAAGUUUUCUUUUUCAUAAGUUUUGAUUAUAUUUCUUUUGACUAUAUAUAUUUUUUCCUGUGUGGAGUGUUUUGAUACUGUUUGAAAGUGUCUUGAUAUAUGUGAUCAUAGAAUUAUGUCUGUGGAGCAUAAUUCCUGUCCUAAUUCGUGCUGCCUAAUGAAGCGCACCAAACAUUUAUAAUAAGUUAUCAAGGUUGGUUAAAAUACUUAUUUAUAUCAGUGUUCAAGAAUAUUCUCACGUUACUUUGUUAUUGUUGUCUGGUGUGAGAUGUGAAUACGAACGUUGAUCGUUAUUGUUUACAUUUGCAAUGUUUGCACCUGAGCAGAUGAAUGGUUGGUAGAAAUCCAAGAAUGGUUUAAUUCAUUUCAGAAGAAUAAUUUCCAUUUCAUUUUGCAGGCACUCAAAUUGCUAUUAAAUGUAACUGACAUUUUUGUUUUGCCAACCAGAGUAAACAGCGCCGUCAUUCGUCAACGUUCGUAUCAAGGAGUAAGUAACAGUCGACUGCAUCCAUGGCUAGUCCUCCCCUCCCUCCCUCCCUCCCUUGAUGUAGCACAAACCAGGUUAUAUUCUGUCCUCUACAUUUUGUAUUGUUGCCACACAUAAGCAUCAGCCUUACACCAUUACUGUAUGUGGUCACUAACUGCUCAGUGUCACAGUUAGGUUUCCCUGCUCUCUGAAUAGGAACGCUGCAGAACAUUGUUGCCGUUUCCUUGUUCCUCUUUAGCAUUCUUAGGAAUCAUAAGCACUGUCAGACGGCACCUGUGCUGUUCUUGUUACGUUGAAGACUGAUGUGUUGUGGCAAAGUGCACAAUCAAAACACAAACACAACAGACUACAUAAGUGUAUGUUGCAACAAAGUGCUUAAUCAAAACAUAAACAUUAUAAACACAGGAUUUUCAGGUCUCUCUCUACAUGGCUGUCUGGUCAAAUUUUGUAACAUUUACAUUGUUUUUCAAUCUCAAUUGAUAUUACUGAUUACAAAUGUAUUUAUUAAAAGAUUCAGUGCUAUUAUUGUUAUUGCUGUUGUUGUUAGUACCACCACAAUUAUUAUAAUUAAUAUUAUUAUUAUUGUGACUGCUGUAUCAUUAUCAUGAUAAUUGUUACUUUUGUAUGAUACAUGCCAUUAUUAAAUUUAUUUAUUACUGUUGUAAUUUUUCCUUGAUCAUAAUGUAAUCAAGGCUUCUUAAUAAUGUUUUAAUAAAGUGCAUAAAUUUUGUAGUGACUGAAAUGACUUACUUAGUCAAUUUGUCAGGAAAAGUAUGUUGAUUUUAGUCUCGACAGUGACUAAAUAUUGGCUGGUCUAAACCUCGCUGUCCUCUCUUAAAUAGCAGUAUAAUGCAAGUGUUUGGGAGAGAUUCUGCUGAUUACACAUAACUGAUGUGUGGCAAACUGUAAAUACACCACACAAACAUAGAAUUGUUAAAUCAAGCUCUUUUUUUUUUUUUUUUAAGUAUACAAUGGUUGUGGUUGGAAUUAAUUAUAUACAGGGUCAGUUUCCUCUAACCACUUGGUACAUGAAGUGGUCGAGAGUGUAACACAACAAGCAAAUGAUUUGUUAUUGCCAGAAAGAAGACUGUAAAAUUUGAAGUUGGUAGCAGUCUUAACAGAUGUGUUAUCUCAUAACUUUGGAGUAUAAUGGAUCUGGAUCCAAUUUAGUGAUAAUUUUGUGAGAGCAUUAGUGUGGGGUUAACCUGCAAAGGUUCAGUUGGGCAAUAGAAACACUUGGGUUUAUGUAGUUGUUAUAUUGGGUUUUAAAUAAUUCUUAUCAUAGGUUCAUAUAGUGGGUUAAGAAUGUGAGGAGAAUAUAUUUUGAAUGUUAACAACUUGCCCAAUGUUGUUAUUAUUAAUUAUAUUAUCUACUGUUCCAUAGUGAGAAAAAUAUAUUAUUGCUGUACUGUAUAUACAAUUGAACCUUGGCCUGCUCUUCAGGUCCUAUAUCUUGUAGCACUUUGAGGAGUCUUAAGGGUCGUAGAUUGUCUCGGUUUAUUUUUUAUUAUUUUUUCAUACACUGUUCAUUACACGUGAGAGUUUGUUAAAUAUGUAAAAAAAAAAUCCUUAUAACAGAACUGCAUAGAUUCAAUGUAAUCUGGGAACAAUAUUAAUUAUAAAAAUAAGUGAUCCAGGGGGUAACUAGUUGUGUGAAAAAGUAACACUUGUCACAUUUUUAUAUGAAUAGAACUAAUUUGUCUUCCAGUCUCAUUCCUCGUUUUCCUACAAUUUUUUUAACAACUCUUUUAAAAAGAGUAUAUCAUAAUGUGAAGAUGUUUGUGGCUGUUUAGGAUGCAAUCGAUCAAAGAUAAUAUGAAAUUAGGUAAAAAUGGAACUGUCAGUAUAAAAACUGAACUUCUUCAAAAGCAGUAUUGAUGACUCAGUAGAUGUUGAGCUUCAAGGAGAUACACAACUUAUGAGCCAGGGCUGAUAGGAAAUAUUAAGUAGGUUCAGGACUUUUUUCUUUUUUCUGAUAUUAAGGAUGAUGAUAAGUCAUACAAACACUCAGGAAUUUGGGGAGAGAUAAUUGUGACCAGCCAAUUGCUUAUGUUGAGCUUCUCUCAGGAAUUCACUCAAUGCUCUGUACUUAGUAAUUUAUGCAGGUAGGAGUGCAUUGUACUUCAUCCAAAUAUUUGCAGAUGAACUCUUUCAAUAGUUUUUCCAUGCUGUUAAGUGCCAUACAUGAAAUUUGUAUGUACUUUAUGGAAAGAUUGGGUGAAUUUGAAGAUGUAGAAAAAGGGUAUAAUAUAGUACCCUGUCCUAGCACUACCCAGUCAUAGAAUGUAGAAAUUCUCUCAUUUUAAAAUGUGGCCUUGAACAUCACUUCUUCAAUGGAAUGGAUAUGAAGUUGAGUGUAAAUCGCCUUGAGCAAUACUUAAGGAUGCCCUGUUCAGUAAGAUUUACCAGAAGACAUGUAGGCAGUCAUCAGAGAAGGAUUGUUUGUAAGUGUAUUAAUGCCUGGUGGUUUUCUUUUUAUCAAUUUAUUUCCACAAAUUUUAGAAGUGACAGGAAACACAUUUUAGGGGAAGUUAACUUUUAUCUUUUCAAACUUUUAAUGGAAGUACUGUACUUGACCACAUGGUUCUAGAUGGUCUUGGAAGCAGUACCAAUGGGUUGUCAAGGGCUGUUACUUUGAAGAAUUCUUUUUCAUGACCUUUUGCAACAGUCCUGCUCAGUGCUAUGUGACAUUCUUAGACUCAACAACUUUCCAAAAUCCACCCCCCCCUUAUUUUCUUCAUUGUUGGGGGCGAGGGAACCUUUUUUCUAUUACCACUCUAAAUCCAUUUUGUGUAUAAUUUGGGGUCAACUCAUCUGACAAGUCAAUUAACAAUGAACAUUUUAGUAAAUACUGUACAGUAAUUGAAAUGCUCUUGUUGUUUUCCCUACUCAUGAAUUUAAGAUCUCUAAAUCAAAAUGUUUUAGGAAGGUUUUACAGAGAGCAGCCACUUUGAAUGUAAAAUAACUUACUGUAUAGAUAUAGAUUGAUUACCAGUAGUUAAAAAAAAAAAAUGAAACACAUUUAAGCUUCCCUAAUUUGUACAAAAGUAGACUAAAUAAAAAGGUGAAUUUUCUGUUUCCUACAGACGGGUGGUAAUUUCUUAGGUCAAAAAGUGUAGUUAGAUAAGGGCCUUGACAUAACAGUGACCAACUUUGACCAUACCAUAGAAAUUAGUACUAACAGUAUCCAGCAGUGACAGUGAACAUUAAUGAUCUUCAUGAACAGGCUUGUGUUUUUUAUGAGUUCAUCAGACAUAUAUAUUGGCAAGCCAUAAUCCCUUCAGUUAACUCCUAAAAAACCAACAGUGUUUACUUCUUGAAAACAAUAUCGAGUAAUUACUAAAUAGUUAUAUGAUAAACUUUAAAAUUACUGUAUUCAGCCGUGUUAUUUUCAGCCCAUUUUUUUUUCUUGUUAGCAAUCAUCGUACUGUACAUACCAAAUAUGUGACAUAUCUUCAAGCAAUACUUACUUUUUCUUGAGUGUUCAUAGUAGGGAGGGGGGAUUAUUAUUUGAAACAUUAACAGUUACCCAGUGGAGCAAUGGGAAUAUUUAUUUCACUGGGGGUAACUUACCUGCCAAUGUAAAUUUUGUGAUACCGAGGCUCAAUAAAGGGGUAACGCUUCGUCCACACUAACUCAAAAUGUGAUGAAGUGUCAAGUAGUUUUAUGGAGCUGUCCAUUGUAAGUGUAAGGUGCUUCGAAUUUGUGAAUGAUAACAGUUUUCUGGCUUGUGUAUGUAGGUUUAUGAAAUGACCUGGUACAGUAUUUGGCUUUAUGUAUAAAUUUGUGAAUGGCUUGAUUGUACAGAGUUAAAGGUGUAAAUAAUGCUCCUUAUUCAUCUUGUGUAAAAAAAUAAAUACUGACUUUA